AUGUUGCCAUUUAAGAUUUUCGACCCCCCUUGUGCCCCACGUGCCCCGUUGGGGGUGGGGGGUCAUAACUCCCCUCAAAAGAUAGAUCUGUACACGCUGUCGUAUGAAAGUUUUCUGUACAUCGAAGGAAAAUUGGCAAAGACCAAAGUGGUACCGAACGCCGACGUGGCACUGGGAAAUAAUUGCGUCGCUUUCAUGUUCGAUGAGAUUCGCUACGAACUCAACGGCGUGGAGAUUGAUCGCAACAGAAACGUGGGCGUAACUAGCACGCUCAAAAACUACGUGACGGUGUCAUCCGACAAAAGCGUGAUUCUGCGAAACGCUGGCUGGGAUCCGCAGACUGAGGCUGAUGGAUACUUUAAUUUCUGCGUACCGCUCAACGUACUACUGGGAUUCUGCAAGGAUUACAGACGUGUGGUGAUCAACGCUCGUCACGAGUUGAUUCUGAUACGAGCGUGCAACGACGUGAAUUGUCUGUUGGGAAAUUGGACGGUGGAGCCGAAGCUUGAACUGUUCAAGAUCCAAUGGCGAAUGCCGCCCGUGGUAUUGAGCGAGAUAAAUAAGCUGUCGAUGCUACGGGCCUUGGAGAGUGGACGAUACCUGAGCAUGCCUUUUCGCUCGUGGGAUCUGUACGAGUACCCGCUUUUACCGAAUACGACGAAGCAUUCCUGGGCUAUGAAAACUGCGACUCAGCUGGAAAAACCGCGAUACGUCAUCUUUGCUCUGCAAACGGAUCGAAAGAAGAUGGCCGAGUAUACGAGCCGAUUCGACGACUGUAAAUUGACCAACGUGAAACUCUACUUGAACUCGGAAUGUUAUCCGUACGACGACUUGAAUCUGGAUUUCACUAGAAACAAAUGGGCGAUUCUGUACAACAUGUACGCGCGCUUCUGCAAGGACUACUACGGAUACGAGUAUCUCGAACCGAAUCUCACCGUUACGACUUUUCUUACGAAACGGUCCGUUUGUAAUCAUCGAUUGCUCUCGACAGAACGAAUCGGUCAAGAGCGCGACCGUGGACGUGCGAAUGGAAUUUAA